GAGGCAAGAAGAGGACGACCGGCUUCCCCCCCCCCAACACAACGCACCCCCAUCCCGACUUCCUAACGGUUGGAAAUUAAACGGAUAGGGUGCGCUGCCAUCGGUUGAGAUGGUAGAUGGUAGGAUUGAAAAUCAUCCACGAGUCGAUCAGCAGGAUCGAACGCGCGACAUCCCACUUGGGAGGUGGGAGGCCAACACUCGACCAAACGCCUCCGAGGAUUGGGGAGCCCCAACCAAGAGGGCGGUCCCGCGCUCGAUUCUUGUGAUCAUGACGGUAGCGGAGAGAACGAACAAGGAGGAGGAGGAGGAGGAGGAGGAGGAGGAGGAGGAGGAGGUAGAGGAGGAGAAGAGGACGCGGAAUAACUACGGUGAUGAUGAUGAUGAUGAUGAUGAUGAUGAUGAUGACGAUGACGAUAAGGAUGAUGACAUUACGAUCACCAUCUGGAGAUGACGAUGACGAUAAUGAUGAUGAUGAUGAUGAUGAUGACAUCACGAUCACCAUCUGGAGAUGUUGAUGCUGUUGCUGCUGUUGAUGAUGAUGAUGGUGAUAUUUUGAUGACGUCAUCAUCAUCGGCACAGUCGAAGCAUCCACGUC